AUGCAUCAAUAUGGAUCACGACACUGGAUCGCGAUCCAUAUUGAUCGUGAGACAGGGCCCAUACAGUCAAUGGAAGUCACUGCUGAAAACUACGACGCUGCACUUAAGCUGCUUGUAGAGCGAUACCAACGACGAAAUAUCAUCGUACGGGAGCACAUACGACAGCUCUUCAACAUACAUUCAAUUGCGGCGAAAAUCGGCCCACUUGCUUUACGAGACUUGAUUGAUUCGGUAAGCAUACAACUAAGAGCGUUAGCAUCAUUAGGGCGACCAGUAAAGCACUGGGAUGACUUGGUUAUCGAACUAGUGCUGUCAAAGCUUGACAACACAACACUAGAAAAAUGGAACGACGAGUCUCCAACUGACCUCCUUCCCACCCUGGACGAACUUUUCAAAUUUCUGGAAGAACGCUGCAAUCACUUAGAGGAAAGAUCGUCCGUCCAGCGGACGAAAUUACCUUCACAACCAUCAGAAAGCCUCGGCAAGGCCCCACCAAAAAAUCGUUCAACACAGCCGCGCGCAUCCUUUGUCGCUACAGAGAAUUUAAAGCCGCAACGCGAUUGUACAUUUUGCAAUGGUACAAACCAUGUCAUCUAUCGAUGCCGAAAGUUUCUCGCUCUCAGCCCAAAACAACGUUUUGAUGCUAUCCAUCAAAAGAAUUUAUGCAAUAAUUGCCUUAAAAAGGGUCAAAGCAUCUGA